UAAAGUACUGGUGUUGGGGUUGGGGUGGACUCACUAGGCUAUGCUCAGAGCAUAACUGAGCAUGUACAAUUUCAGGAUUUUGUUGCAGUACAAGUAGUAUAGAUUUUAACUACACAAUUUGAACUUCAGCUGUGGAUUUUAAAGUGUCCUAGGUCGAGUCAUCUGCUUCUUGACGGAAUUACUUUUGUUUUCACUUUGUACCCUUCCUACGGUGCAAACUUCAGUAGUCUCUCAAGCUGAUUUACCAUGCCACAUCCACAGGAGGCAUAGAGCCACUUGAUCCGUGAGGUGCAAGGGGAGAUUUGGCAGGAGGAAACCUUAGGUCCCUUACUAAUCAUCAGCUUAGUGAGGAGCCUAGACAAGAAAAAGGAGGCAGAUGCUGAAGGCUUGCCUCAUCUCUUCUGCUGCUUUCCAGGACACACGAGAUAAAUGCUGCAUAAUAAGUCACCAUGAAGAUAGAACAUAGAACGUUUUACCCCUCUUCCAAAAGUGGGGAGCCUACUGACUAAGAAGGAGGCACAUAGCUGGAGUCUUGCCUCAUCUCUACUGCUGCUUCCCAGGACACACAGGAGAUGUAAUGUGUCAAUAAGAAGGAUGCAGGUGACAUGGACAAGAUGGAGGAUUUUAAACUAGUUCUCCUCAUUUUAAGCUACUUUCCCACUGACCUGAAGCUCCUGUAACAUAGUGGGCCCAUGCCAUGUUGAGGAGACAGAGAACUGACUCUUUUCUAACUGUUUUGCUGUGGCUUCUCUUCUUCAUCGCCAUGACAAUGAAACAGGCUUAUGGAGAAUCCAUUUGCAGUCAAGAAAUUCCCAAAAUCGUGCAAAAAUGUAUUGAGGAAGUUCACAAGAUGGAAUCAUUUGAUUGCAGACUUUACACCCCAACUUUAGCUGAUUAUCAGCAGAAAUGCCCCAUGUCCACACUCAAAUGCUUUGAAGCAGAAGUGUAUGUCCUGGUGUUAGAGUCUGGGAGUAAGUUCUUACGCAAGACACAACUAACCAAACGACUGAAUGGCUUGAGAUCCUUGAUAAAACAGAAGGACGGUGCCAACUGUCCACACUGUGAGGUCCACAGAGAGCAGGCAGCAAUCGAUUUCUUAACAACAUUUCUAGAAAUUCUGGAGAAUAUCAACAAUCAGGGGUGUCGGGAGCCAGCCAGCCACUGAGAUGUACAUUCACAUCCAUAGCCAGGAACAUCCAAGGAUUCACAUAAGGGCAGAAGGCUACCUGAACAAUUGCUAAUGCAGCAAAAUACUAUACAUGUAUUGUAAUGUACCAGACCACCGCUAUCUUUCUGAGAGGGAGUAGCUGAGGAUCUGCCGGGGACAGAAGUUGCAGGACAUCCUUGGAAUUGGCAGAGUAUUCCAAGGAUGUCCUGCAUCAGCUCCUUCACUUAGAAUAACACAUAAUUUUGUACAUUGAUGCACAAGUGUUACGUGAAUUAUUUAACAAACUAUUUCAGUGUCUCUGUGCGUCUC